AGGAAGUGAGUGAUCAGUACUAGUGCGGCGGAGGGAUACAUUCAGGCAACCCCCAUUCUGAGCGGGGCCAAUAUACACACCGUUAACCCGCCAGUGCAGCUCCAUCUAAGGACCGACCACAUCCCGAGUCUGCCUGCCCAGACCCACAAGCACACACAACCAUCCGACAUGGCUGACCAACUAACAGAGGAGCAGAUUGCAGAGUUCAAGGAGGCUUUCUCCUUAUUCGACAAAGAUGGCGACGGCACCAUCACCACCAAAGAGCUGGGCACCGUCAUGAGGUCGCUGGGACAGAACCCCACAGAGGCCGAGCUGCAGGACAUGAUCAACGAGGUGGACGCCGACGGUAAUGGCACCAUUGACUUCCCGGAGUUCCUGACCAUGAUGGCCAGAAAAAUGAAGGACACAGACAGCGAGGAGGAGAUCCGCGAGGCUUUCCGGGUAUUUGAUAAGGACGGAAACGGCUACAUCAGUGCUGCAGAGCUCCGCCACGUCAUGACAAACCUGGGAGAGAAGCUAACAGACGAGGAGGUGGACGAGAUGAUCAGAGAAGCAGACAUUGACGGAGACGGACAGGUCAACUAUGAAGAGUUUGUACAGAUGAUGACUGCAAAGUGAAGCUUGCCCGCCCUGUCCUGUCCCUUCUUAGAAGAAAAAAAAAGAGAAAAAAUCUACAAAAAAAACAAAUGUUUUACUUACCUCUUGGGAAAAUGUUCAUUUAUUCAUACUGUUUCUGUAUAGAAAAUAAUUGAAUGUUGAAAUAAAAUAUCCUUCUGUCCACACAGGAAAAUAUAAAAAUAUACAAAAAAUAUCUGCAUGAAAAUGAUGGUUAGUGAUCCUGUCCCCUCCCCCCGGAGCUCAGUUUAGUAUCAGUACUUAUCAAUGAAAUAAUACAACAACCCUGUAACUACGACCUUCCGACUAAAGCUAAGCAUUUGGCCAACUCCUUCCAGUUCCAUUUGCUCGUGGUAAAUGUCGGGGCUGGCCAUUGUUCUUGUUUUCUGUUGUUCAUGCAUGCAGCUUGAGACCGGAGCACUAACCCUGCCCACUCCUCCGGGCGACCAGAGCGUGCUGAUUCCACUAUAAGCUGUCCUCUUGUUGGUUUGGUACAGUUUUUUGUAUUUGGACAGAACCCUGUACUGUUAAGAUGAGAGAUUAACUCAAGCGUAAAGUGGAAUGGGACUUAAUCAUAUGCUAGAUAAAAAGAAAAAAAUCUAUGUAUAAAAAUACAUUUCUACGGAAGCCGUGAGUGGCCAUGGAGUCUGCAUUUUUCUUAUUGUUAUCUUGUUACGGUUUAGCAACAAUCAUGGUUCUGUUAUGAGACUUCAUAGGGGGGAUGACCUGUGUGUUAUCUGCACACUCUAGUUGACCUCUGUUAGAGCUGUGAGAAUGGGAAAAACCAAGACCAAAUGUUCUAGUUGCUAGUUUGUGGAUUGUCAGGCUAGAUAAUCUGUUUUGGAGUGUUUUAAACUGCUUUACGAUGGAAGGGAAACAUCUGAGCUCGAUUGUUGACUAUCUGGAAAUCUGUCAAUCUAGAAACCCGGAGGAAAUGCUCUGAAUCCAUGGCUGUUUACUGCUUCCGUGAUUUUCAAACGUUUGGCAUGUUCUUUUGUUUUUGUUAUGGUUUUGGACGGCCAUCUUAGUAGUUGUGCGUCCUGCCCUCUAAUGGAGGGAGGACUAAAGAGUCUUACGGUGAGCUUUAUUUACUUUUCUUUUUCGCUGAGAUGGAGUGUCUGUCCUCUUUUCUUGCAAGAGAGAAUCACUGGCCUUCACGUUUCUUUUUCUUCUGUUUGUUGGCUCAGACGAGGGCAGAGCGGGGCGAGCUGUCCGCAGCGCACCAUCGCCUCUGUCCAUCUGAGUCCAGUUUACAUUCAUUCCAAGUUGUACAUGCUAGUCUUUUUUUUUUUUUUUUUUCAAAUAAAAGACCAUGAACUUUA